UCCCCGCCAAGGAAGGCGCUGCUGCCUCCUCUCCUCUCCCCUCCCCACCGCCCUCGCCCGCCCGUGGUACACGUGUCCAGGAGGAGCCGGACAAUCCCGUGCAGGUCUGCAUGGGAAGAAAGCACCGUCGAAUUCCCUGCGAGGUCCUGUCCUGGCCACAUCGCGAGGGGCAAGACGGUCGCCGGAAUGCCCCGAACCCGAGUCACACACCCCCUUGCCGAACCCUGCUCGGAACGACCCUCGACAACGGACAGCGGGGCCGCCCGGCCGAGUCCCUCCGAGCGGGUGCGAACUUGCCCGCCUGGGUCCCUUUUUUAACUCGAGGAGCCGCAGCCUCGUGUUUCUGAGAGUGCACGUCUGAAGUGGAAACACGAGGGCAGGACGUUCCGCCCACCAUGGCCACAGCGUUACCCAGAACCCUCGGAGAGCUGCAGCUUUAUCGGAUCCUGCAGAAAGCCAAUCUCUUGUUCUACUUCGAUGCCUUCAUUCAGCAGGGAGGGGAUGAUGUCCAGCAGUUGUGCGAAGCAGGGGAAGAGGAGUUUCUUGAGAUCAUGGCCCUCGUAGGCAUGGCGAGCAAACCUCUUCACGUCCGAAGACUGCAGAAAGCUUUGAGGGACUGGGUCACAAAUCCAAGCCUUUUUAACCAGCCUCUGACUUCCUUACCGGUUAGUAGCAUUCCAAUAUAUAAGUUACCGGAAGGUUCUCCAGCUUGGUUGGGAAUUUCAUGCAAUAGUUAUGAAAGGAACAGUAAUGCCCGGGAGCCUCACUUGAAGAUUCCAAAAUGUGCUGCCACGACCUGCGUCCAGAGUGUGGGAGCCAGCAAGUCUGAGGGGAUGGGAAACUUACCGCUGCAGAGCGGCAGUGACCAGAGACUGUGGCAAGGACACCACACGACAGAGAGUGAACACAGUCUUUCCCCAGCUGACGUUGGCUCUCCAGCCUCACCAAAGGAAAACGCGGAAACGUUGGAUGCAGCGGCGGCUUUGUCGGUAACUGAGUGUGUUGAGCGCUUGGUUCCCACUCUUCCCAAAAGUGACUUGAAUGAGGUGAAAGAACUGCUGAAAGUCAAUAAAAAACUGGCCAAGAUGGUUGGUCACAUCUUUGAGAUGAAUGAUGAUGACCCUCACAAAGAGGAGGAGAUUAGGAAGUACAGUGCGAUCUAUGGCAGAUUUGACUCCAAAAGAAAAGAUGGCAAACAUCUCACCCUCCAUGAGCUCACAGUUAAUGAAGCAGCUGCUCAGUUGUGCGUAAAGGAUAAUGCGCUGUUGACCCGAAGGGAUGAGCUCUUUGCACUGGCGCGGCAAAUCUCUCGAGAAGUCACAUACAAGUACACUUACCGGACCACCAAGUCUAAAUGUGGAGAAAGGGAAGAGCUGUCACCAAAGAGAAUUAAAAUAGAGGAUGGCUUUCCUGAUUUCCAGGAUGCAGUCCAGAAUUUCUAUCAGCAGGAUUCUGUCAAAAUUCAGCAAGCAUUGUCAAAAGGAAAGUGUGAAGACCUGGCAGCACUUGGUUCACAGCCUGAAAAGAUGAUGGCCAAGCAGAUGGAGUUUCUUUGCACUCAAGCUGGUCUGGAGAGACGCCUUUCUGCAGGGCUUUACAGACAAAGCUCAGAAGAACACAGUCCCAAUGGCUUGACAUCAGAUCUUACUGAUGGGCAAGGUGAAAGGCCUUUAAAUCUCCGCAUGUCAGGUCUACCAAAUAGGCACAUGCCUCACAUUUCAUUAGAAGGGGAGCCUCAUGGAGUGAAGCCGCUGUGCGGUGACUUGAGCCGGCUCUAUGCCAGUGGUGAGGCCAAGUCACAACCUUCAGAAGGCCUUGGUAUGUUGAAAGAUUUUCCUCACUCAGCUUUCAGCAGCCUUGAGAGAAAGGUCAUAAAGACAGAACCAGAAGAUACAAGAUAGCCAUGCUGCUUUUGAAGUUUAUUGAAGAAAAAAGCUUCAAACAAGAAACCAGCCUUAAUAACCAGUGUUGCCUCAUUGAAAUAAGUGAUUUCAUAGCCAAAGCCUAAGAACAGGGACGGUUAUCCCGAAAACUGACACAAAAAGCCAACCAGCCCUUUUGGACAGUGAAACUGCCAUGACAAGUGGGUGCAAACAUUAUGAACAUGAGGUGGGAAAGGCUCACAAACUAAUAUUGUGAGCCCUUGUUAUUUAAGAAUGUAUUAUGUAUUUGUAUAACUUAAAAGUAAAAACCUAGGUGUCAGAAUGUGUAUUAAACUCAGUAGAUGUGGCUGCCAUUAUUUUUACUUGAAAUUUUAAUGUCUACUUUACUUGUAGAUAUGAUAGAUAUUAGUCUGGCUUUUUUAAAAAAACAACUUUGUUUGGGGGACGGGGGCAGGAUGGUGAAGGCGGGAGGAGCCAUGUAUAACACACUUUAAUAGCAGGUUUGCAAUGUUUAUUUUUAAAAGCAAAAAAAGCAAUUACAUAAAAAGUUACAGGGAUAUAGCAUUUGGAAGAGCUGAUUGUAUUAUAACACACAUUUUUAUUCUUAUUGGUGUUGUCUCAUUCUCAAAGACUUCAAGAACACGUAUCUGUAAUGUAUUUAUUUACGUUUUAUUCCUAUCUGCUGUUUAGAGACUGAUGGGAAGAGGAAGAAACAUAUUAUUGUUUCAUAAGAAAUACUCUAUAGACAGGGAGGGGAAAAUCUCUCCCGUCACAAAGGAAUUUAAUUCUCUAGGCAUUUUGAUUAAGGCUGCCAGAGGAACUGCUGAACAACUGGCAAAGCUUAUGGAACUUUUCUUCUCAGUUUUUAAGUCAGAGGGCUUCAGAUAUCAGAAGAGAUUGGAAAAGUAGUGUGAGAAAUUUACAUGCUCUAAAACAGCCAAUAAAAUGAUAUGGAAAAGAGAAAUGGGAAGAUGGAGAUGCUACUGGUAGACAAAUAGUUCAUAGCAGCUUUAUAGUCUACUUGACUUUACACUUAUAUUGGUACAUUUCUUUUUUAUUUGUAUGAACAAGUGUACCCUUUAUUUAUUUUAUGGUAUGUGUGUGGGUAUGUAUGGUGUGUAUCUGUAUGUGGAUGAGCUAUUCUUAAGAUCGCCCCAUUUUGUCAAUAAUGUAAUGGUUCAUUUGUAAGAGACAUCUUGGUAUUUACCUCUGGGAUAUUUUCAAUAUUGUGUCUCCACGUGAUGCAAUGCACACUAUCAUGAUGACAUGGGUUUACAGAACAGCCUUCUUUCCUCAGUAUGACUAACAGGGUCUGAUCACCUUAAUUCAGUCUUCCCAGCCCAGUGCCUUCCAGGUGUAUUGGACUACAUUUCCCAUCUGUGUAGUCUGGGGAUAGCAGGAGUUGUGGUUCAACACACUGAGAGGUGCCCUGGCUGGGGAGGGCUGCUUUUUAAAAAAUAAUGCUUAAUUUGCCUAAAGUAACGGGAGAGGAAAAGGUAAUGAAAAUGCCACAAGUUCUUAUGUUUUCACUAUACAGUAUUGCUCUUCAUAGCUGAAGAUUUUGCUCUGUGUACCAGUGAGUCAUUCUGUAUGCCAUAUUGAAGCUAUCAGUGUAUCGUGAGGUGACAUCUUCACACAGCAGUCCUAGAUCAUAGUGGGACAUGUUUAAUAAUUAUCACUUGUCUUGUUGCAACAAAGCGUGAUGCUAGAAAACACCACUCCACAUGUUUCUAAUAUGAGCAAAAAGCCUUUUUUUAAAAAAAUAAAAGAGCAGCAAAGUCUUGUUUCUUGAAUUAUAUAGUAUCAUUUGAUUGAGUAACCAUUGAAUAUAUUCCAAGAAGCUGUAUUCAAAGGAGCCUGCAGCUUAGUGGAUCAAAAUGAAAGUGAUGUAUGUGUAGCUUAAAGUAGAUCAUUUCUUCUUGUUUUGUGAACUAAUAACACAAAUAUGUGUUUCCUUGUUUCCGAAGAUGCACAUAACACUACUUGCUAUAUAAGCAGUUUCACAAACAAGGACGGUAAAUCCAGGCACAGAAAGCUCACUUCACUCCUAGUAGCAGAGAGCAUCUUGUUUUGUAAAGGCCAAUGUAAUGUAGUGUACAUUUUAAAUCUGUAGUAUAUCUUUUUUUUUUUAAUUUUAAUUUUGAAUGACUUGACCAAGUUGGGUUUUUUUAGUAUUUGAGGUACUUAGCUCCCCCCCCCCGCCGCCGCCACCCACAGUCCAGCAAACCAUUUCAGACCUAAUAGGCUUCUUCUUUCAUUUUUAACCGUUCUUCGGUUGCAGGAGGUUUAUACACCUUUUUUAAUUUCUAUCAAAAUAAGCCUGAACCAGCUAAAUCUACCAGGAAUUUUUAACCUGGCAUGGAGUGCAUUGUGAAGUAUUUUCUGAAGUGAUGGGAAUUCUGGUGUAUUAAAAUUUAGUAGUAGGGUUAAGGUGAGUUUAAGGUGCACAUUUGUAAAUCUUGAACCUAAUGAGAAUUCCAUUGUCACCCUGAGCAGGGCCAACCAAUUGACAAUGGGGGCAUGCUUUUUCUGCUUCUUGGCAUCAUGGUUUGCUGAAAAACAGCACGGGACACUGCAGGAUAAUGGCUAAAAUCCAGCUCUGUAACUUAAAUUACCAUGUAAAGCAGAUGAAAUCAUCUGGGGUUUUUUUUAGAAAUUAAAAGUUCUAACCAACCCCUCCCAAAGACUCUUAAGACUUCCUUGGGAUCUCUUCAGUUGUGCAGAAGCCAUUAGAGCUGUGGAAUAAGUGGGGGGGUAGGUUUUGUUUUUUUGCAGAAAAUCAGUGAAAUCACCUAUUGAUGGUGGGGUUUUUUGUCCUUCAGCCCUCAACAUCUUCAGGGAUUGGAAAUGUUUAACUUCUGAAAAACUGUUGUAGGUGAUGACCUCAUCGGCUGAUAUCACAGGAUAACUACAUAAACAAGAUUUCCGCCAACACGUUUUGUUGACUGGGAUAAAAAAGUACCUCAGUGGCAAAAGGCAAUAAAUUUAUUGAGAUAGUUUUUGCUUGAACAGGUUUUGUGUGUGUGUGUGUGUAUGUGUGUGUUAUUUUGAAGGGGGUGGGGGUGGGGAAGGACACUCACUCUCAGUAGCUAUACCUUGGGGACAGUAACAACACUACAGACUUGUAGGUUUGUUUGGUUAUGAGCAGAUUCUGUGACAAUAUGUAACUCUGGGAGACUAAAUAUUUAAACCUGGAGAAUGAGGGUUUCAUCUCUUACCUAUUAGUUGUAUGUUACUGUUGAAAAUAAUAGCUGUUUCAGUGUCGUCCACCUGAGUAGACCCCUCCCUCAGAGAAGAAUGUGAUGAAGGAUGCUGUGACAAUCCCAUCCCUCGAAAUCUCCCCCCCCCCCCCUGUGUUAAGCUCAUAUCUCAGGAAGAAGUCUCUUCUCAUCUUGUAGACUGAGUGUCUUCCCAAAAGAUUUACCUUUACACAUGCUGGGAGACUUAUUUGGGGUACACUUAACCACCAGCCCUUUAUCUGCCCUACCAUGUGCAGCCAAGUGUGUUGGGCUUAAGGACACUUGGAAUUCCUGAAUUCUUUUUGAAUACCUGAACAGGCUCCCCUCCC